CCAAAGGGUCCAGGUUCAAACCCCGCUAACAACAAAACAUGCAGAUUAUCUUAGGUUUCCGAGUGCGCGCUUGGAGUUUCCCCUUAGUAGUACUUACCUAUUCUCCAUAGGUUUCACCCCACAUAUAAUAAAUUAAGUAUUUGUAAUUGUAAUUGUGUAUAAAAAAAAUAAAAAAAAAACCUUCCCUUUAGCCGGCCUGAGCCGGUGCUUCAUCCACGUGUGACAGCCAAACUUCACCGCUUUCUUUCUUUUCGCUUAAACAGCCGUCAACGCAAUCUCCCAUUCUCUCAGUUAACGAAAGCAUAACAAUCUUCUACGUUUGAAACAUUCAUUCACGUCUGUGGAUUAUAACAUCAUUAAUUACAAUAAUUAAUUAAUAAUUUUUCCUCAUUUCUUCAACAAAACAAAAGCAAUCUGCAAAUCCAACCCACAAAGCAAAACCAAAUCACGACCCCAUUCAUCAACCGAAUCUCACCAAAGCAUAUCCCUUAAGUUAAAAAAAAACCCAUCACAAACCAUAAUUAGUAAUUUAGUAUAAUGUCAUUGCCAAUGGCAUCAUCCUCCCCUAUUAGCUGUCCUACCCUACUUUCGGCUAGGCUCCGUAAUCGGCUUCCCCUUUUCCAUAUUUGUGAACUUUUUGCACACAGUCACACAGUGACGGAGUCACGCUCCUGCAAGCUAGCUGCUCUGUUUUAGCCCCAUUGACCACAAAACCUCCCCCCGUAAUGGAGCAGUCACACAACUCGCAACAAAUUAACCCACUCCUCCUAUUUGUUUAUUAAUUAAAUUGAUUUGCAUGAUCCGAGUUAAAUUGAUUUGUUUGUUGGAAAAAAAAAUAAAAAUUUCAUGCAUCCAAACAAGCUACUUAUUUCAAUUUGGGAUAAGAAGAACUCACCGUUUGAGUGUGGGUGGAUAAUUUCCAAAUACUUUCUUCUUCCCUUUUGGAUUGAAUCUCCUAUCUAUUUGUGAUAUAUAUGCCCCUUUUUGUCCUACCUCCUUCUUCCUAUUUAUUUAUGUCAUCGGGUUCGGUUCUUUCCCAUCAAUUUGAAUUAGCUGGUGGUUUUUGAUGGGCGGCGUUGAAAAAAGUGGCUGUGAAUUUGUGGAAGAUUAAAGGGAAAGAAAAGUGCAAAUUCUGUUUAUUAAAUUAUUCUCAUCGAAGAUUUCAGAGGGCCCAAGAAGAUUGAAUUCGCCGAAAUUAAAAUGGCCAGUGUGGUGGAGCCACAAACUGAAAUUAGGCCCAGAGAAGAAAAGCAUUACUACACGAUGGGGCAAACCCUGUUUGAAGUGGACAAGAAAUACAUUCCAAUCAAACCCAUAGGUAGAGGUGCUUAUGGGGUAGUUUGUUCCUCUGUUAAUAUGGAGACUCAUGAGAAAGUGGCGAUCAAGAAGAUACAAAAUGUCUUUGACAAUCGCAUUGAUGCUUUGAGGACCCUUAGGGAGUUGAAGCUUUUGCGGCAUGUGAAGCAUGAGAACGUGAUCGCAUUGAAGGAUGUUCUGAUGCCUGUGCACAGGAGUAAUUUCAAGGAUGUGUACAUGGUUUAUGAGCUGAUGGAUACUGAUCUUCACCAUAUUAUCAAGUCAUCACAACCAUUAUCUAGUGACCAUUGCAAGUACUUCAUCUUCCAGCUUCUUUGUGGCUUGCAAUAUCUUCACUCUGCAAAUAUUCUUCAUCGGGACUUGAAACCUGGAAAUCUCCUUAUCAAUGCUAACUGUGCACUUAAGAUAUGUGAUUUCGGACUGGCCAGAACAGGCAAUGACAGUGGACAGUUCAUGACUGAAUACGUUGUCACGAGGUGGUACCGUGCACCAGAGUUGCUUCUUUGCUGUGACAACUACGGAACCUCAAUUGAUGUCUGGUCUGUGGGAUGCAUCUUUGCUGAAAUCCUUGGUCGUAAACCACUCUUCCCUGGAACUGAGUGCCUCAAUCAGCUUAAACUUAUCAUUGAUGUUCUGGGCAGCCAGAAGGAAGAUAAUCUUCGAUUCAUUGACAACCCAAAGGCUCGGAGAUUCAUCCUAUCUCUCCCGUAUUCAAGAGGGGUUAACUUUGCUGCUCUAUACCCUCAUGCUGAUCCCCUUGCAAUAGAUUUGUUGCAGCGGAUGCUCGUCUUUGAUCCUACAAAGAGAAUCACUGUGACAGAAGCCCUGUAUCACCCUUACUUAUCUGGUCUGUAUGAUCCAAGUUGCAACCCUCCUGCCGAGUUCCCUCUGAAUCUCGACAUCGAUGAGAAUAUGGAUGAAGCAACGAUUAGGGAGAUGAUGUUGAGAGAGAUUCAUCAAUACCAUCACCCUGAAGCUGCAGCAAAUUUCAUCUGAAAAGGUUCUGAGAAUGGUCCUCAGGAAAACUAUAAAGAUUAUGCUAAGGAAGGAUAAUCAAAAAUAGCAAGUGUUGUCUUAAUUUUGUACUUGUGUUUGAAGCCUUAGUUAUUGACGCAAGAACAUUUUGCAUCUCUUGUUUUAGUAUGAGAUUGUGCAAAGGAUGACACACUGGACUUUUGAGUGGUGAAGCAGAGGAUCUGUUGGCUUGGCCUAGAUUAUAUUGUUGUAUAAAGCAGAUAUGCAUAAGAUUUGCUGUGGAAAUCCUUCGGAUGAUUUGCCUUUUUAAACCAAAUAAUUUAUCCCUCUUGCUCCCCAGAGUUUUUGGAUUUUACUAGAGUUCUUAUGGAGGCACUUCUAUUUCAGAUGAUGAGUUUAGGCUUUAAAUCAGUGGCUACGUGGACUGAGCACACUGCUAUUACCUAUAAUGGAAACAGAGAUGAUGUCAUGAAAACUUUCUCUUGGAUAUUAAAAUUCAUGACAACUGAGAGACAGUGAAAUAAGUGGCAAUAGGUGUUUUAAUAGGUAAUUUUGUUAUUCAAACCAUGGAUUUUUCAAGGCAUAACAUUAGAAAGAAAAAUUUAUAGUGCUUAGAAUUUAACAAGG